GGCGUCACAUGACAGGCAUCUCAAAUUACUGUAGUUCAUUCUCCGGGUUCCGUGUUCUUCUUUCACUACUACCAUCAACCGACGCAAUAGAACCAGAAUGUCUCAUCAAACCGGCAUCCAAGCUACCGGGGAAGUCAAAGAAAUCUUUGCAAAGGCUCGCAAUGGUGAAUAUCGGCUCAUCAAAGUAGUGAUUGAAAAUGAGAAGUUAGUUCUUGGCGGAAGUAAACGUGCUGCCAAGAAAUGGGACCAGGAAUGGGACAGCUAUGUUCUUCCUCUCGUGGAGGACGACAUGCCCUCGUACCUUCUCUACAGGUUGGAUACCACCAACAACCAGGGUUAUGAGUGGAUCUUCCUGGCCUGGUCUCCGGAUCACUCUCCAGUUCGACAAAAAAUGUUGUAUGCUGCUACGAGGGCCACGCUAAAGAAAGAGUUUGGUGGUGGCCACAUUAAAGAGGAGAUUUUUGGCACAGUGAAGGACGAUGUCUCUCUAAAUGGCUAUAAAAAGUACCUCAGCUCCCAGGCGGCGCCUCUGCCUUUGACUGCAGCAGAGGAGGAACUGAGGCAAAUCAAACUCAGUGAGUUGCAGACAGACAUCCAUGUUGACACAAAGCAGCAGACUCUUCAGGGAGUGGCGUUCCCUAUGCAGAGAGACGCUAUUCAGGCUCUGGAGCAGUUUAGGGAGAAGAGGAUUAACUACGUUCAACUGGAAAUAGAUUUUCCUAAAGAAUCCAUCAAGUUGUCCAGCACGUCUCCCACAGAGGUGAAAGAUUUACCUAAAAGGAUCCCAAAUGAUGCAGCUAGGUAUCACUUUUUCCUCUACAAACAUUCUCAUGAAGGAGACUACCUUGAGUCCACAGUGUUCAUCUACUCUAUGCCUGGUUAUAAAUGCAGCAUCAAAGAGAGAAUGCUUUAUUCAAGCUGCAAGAACCCUCUCGUAGACACAGUGGAGAAAAACUUAGGCAUUGAAAUUGCUAAAAAGCUGGAAAUUGACAAUGGUGAAGAACUAACCAGUGACUUCCUGUACGAAGAGGUUCACCCCAAGCAGCAUGCACACAAGCAAGCUUUUGCCAAACCCAAGGGGCCAACCGGGAAAAAGGGGGGCCGCAGAAUCACACGGGCACCAGGGGACGACGGUGAUGAUGAUUAAACCUCUUCCUGUUCUGAAAUUGACGGUGGUAUAUUCCACUUAGUCUAAGGAAUCCCGUCCUCAAAGCGAAUUCCCAUUUUUACUUUGACUCAUGUAGACCACAGCCCUAUAGACUGAACUAUGCACAAAGUAAAACACUAAGCCUGUGAAAUUACAUUUUGUAGCUUGCAAUCUGAUAUUUGUCAGAUAUUGCAAUAUUUUCUAUAUAUUGAAGAACACAGACUGAGGUACAGAAGAAUGUAUUUUACUAAGCUUCACUUGUUUACAAGGAUGCUGUCUGUGAUGUUCCUGGUAAUAGUUUUAAUAUUAUUAUGCUGUUAACUUGCAUAUUAGCCAAGAUGAUGAUAUAGAGUGCAAUACUGUUGAAAUAUAGUGCUUAUUUUCCAGAAAUAGAUAUUGAUUUUUAAGGAAAAACCUUUUUGAAGAAUGUUUUUGAGAAAAAGAUGGUUUCCCAUAAUCAGAUAUCUAUUCUAGUCUAGGUAUAAAUUUAAUUUUUAAUGGUAACUCUGUAAAAUUACAAUUUAGCUUGGGAGUAACGUUAAUAUUUGUCUGGGAAAUUGCCCUUGGAGAUUAGGCAUGAUUUAUGGUUGGAAAACAAGCCUGGAAAGUUAAACAGUCCACGGCUUAACUUUUGUGGUUGUCUGAUCAGGAAGGUCAGAAGUCCAGCUCUGUUUUAUGAGGAUAUA